AUGGAUACUAAAAAUGUUGUCCUUUUUGGAGAGCGUGGCGUAGGGAAAAGCUCCAUCAUCAACCUCCUCGCAGGGCGCCGGGUCGCUAAGAUCUCCUCAGACACUGAGGUUUGUACAUUGCAUUAUGAAGCAUACGAUGUUACCAUCGAGAACGUACCGUAUCGCAUCUAUGACACUGCUGCGGCCGACAACAGCCGCGUGGACCCUAUCGGAUUUCUUAACGCCAUCUCUAAUGCUGACAAGCUGAUGAAGGAGCUGAGAAAGAAAGGAGGAGUCGCUCUGCUCCUGUACUGCAUCAAGGCGGGCAUGAUGCCAACAAUGUUUGUCACCAACUACAGACUAUUCUAUGAAUUUCUCUUCGAGAAGAAGAUCCCAGUCGCGGUCGUCGUCACUAACCUGGAGAGAGAGGAUUGCAUGGAUGAUUGGUACACGCGGAACAAGGGGUGGUUCUCGAGCCAUGCGGUCAAGUGUAUUGGUCAUGCUUGUAUCACUGCGGCAGACGAUCUGGACCCAACAUACAGGAAAAAGUACGACAUGUCCAGAGCAGAAGUGGGCUGCUUAAUCAGACGCCAUGCACACGGGGUUGAGAACGGCGGGGAUGCGUGGCUUGCGAGGUUCACUGGAGGGUUGAAAGACCUCUUGACCGGACGUCCGUACAAGUCAGAUGCGCUCGGGGUCCUUACGAAGCGCUGCGGGAUAGAGGAGAGCCUAGCGAAAGACGUGAUUCGAAUUCUCGCUCCUGAAAGCACUACCCAGACAAUCCAUCCUGAAACAGCUGAAGGCACUACCCAGGUCAUCCCCCCUACAAUGGCUGCAAGGCAUAAAACUAUCGUACUAUUUGGGGAGGCGGGGUCAGGCAAAAGCUCACUCAUCAACCUUAUGGCGGGAGAGGAGCUAGCGCCCACAUCUCCUGACAUGAAGCGCUGUACAAUGCGGUGGAAAGAGUACACCAUCGGUUUCGGCGGUGACUCAUAUCAGGUUUUCGAUACCGUCGGGCUCGAGGAACCACAGCUAGGAAUCAAAGAUUACCUCGAGUCUGUCGAAAACACCUAUCGACUCAUCAAGGAAUUGGACAGACAAGGCGGCGUUGAUCUACUUCUAUUCUGCAUUCGCCCUGGAAACAUCAUUACCACGAUUCAGAGAAACUACCGACUCUUUCAUGAAUUCCUUUGCGAGAAGAAGGCCCCCGUUGUUCUUGCGAUCACGAGCCUCGAAAGAGAGCGGAGGAUGGAGGACUGGUGGGAGAAAAACAAGAGGACCUUUGACGAAUAUCAGAUCCAGGUCGCUGGUCAUGCGUGCAUCACUACCACAAACAGAUUGGACAGCAGAUACAGAGACCUUUAUGAAGAAUCGCGCAUCACGAUCCGCAAUCUUGCUACAAAGUUUACUGCUGGACGAGCAGAAGCAAGCAUGGAUGGGAGGGGACAACUUGUUCGUGUCGUUGAUGCGUAA